AUGUCAUUCAGACCAGGUAGUAGAGGUGGUGCUAGAGGUGGCCGUGGUGGUGCCAGAGGUGGUGCUAGAGGUGGUGCCAGAGGUGGCCGUGGUGGUGCCAGAGGUGGUGCUAGAGGUGGUCGUGGCGGUGCCAGAGGUGGUGCUAGAGGUGGUCGUGGCGGUGCCAGAGGUGGUAGAGGUGGUCGUGGUGGUGCUAAAAGUGGUGCCAAGGGUGGUGCCAAAGUUGUCAUCGAACCUCACAAACAUGCCGGUGUCUUCAUUGCUAGAGGUAAGGAAGAUCUUUUAGUUACCAAGAACAUGGCUCCAGGCGAAUCUGUCUACGGUGAAAAGAGAAUCUCUGUGGAAGAACCAUCCAAAGAAGAUGGUGUUCCACCAACAAAAGUCGAAUACCGUGUUUGGAACCCAUUCAGAUCUAAGCUUGCAGCUGGUAUCAUGGGUGGUUUAGAUGAAUUAUUUAUUGCCCCAGGUAAGAAAGUUCUUUAUUUAGGUGCUGCCUCCGGUACUUCUGUCUCACAUGUCUCUGAUGUCGUUGGCCCAGAAGGUGUUGUCUACGCUGUUGAAUUCUCUCAUAGACCAGGUAGAGAAUUGAUCUCCAUGGCUAAGAAGAGACCAAACGUUGUUCCAAUUAUCGAAGAUGCUAGACACCCACAAAAAUACAGAAUGCUUGUAGAUAUGGUCGACUGUGUCUUUGCUGAUGUUGCUCAACCGGAUCAAGCUCGUAUUAUCGCUUUGAACUCUCACAUGUUCCUAAAGGAUAAAGGUGGUGUUGUCAUUUCUAUUAAAGCUAACUGUAUCGACUCUACUGUAGAUGCUGAAACAGUCUUUGCUAGAGAAGUCCAAAAAUUACGUGAAGAACGUAUCAAACCAUUAGAACAAUUGACUCUAGAACCUUAUGAAAGAGACCAUUGUAUUGUUAUUGGUAGAUACAUGAGAAGUGGAUUAAAGAAAUAA